AUGGCGUUUCUCGAUUCCGGCCCCGUGCCACGCGAUGGUUAUGACGACCGUGCCCCGUGCGUCGGCAAAUUUCCCCAUUGCGGCGAUAGAGAGACCUACGGCCCGGAACCCGACGGGGACACUGUCAAGUUCUUACCGGACAAUCCUGCCUGGGUUCAGGGCCUACCCUGGGUGUCUGGCGUCCCGCCGAAAAUCAACAGUCGCGGAAUCUCAGUACGCCUCGAGGCCAUCGAUGCCCUUGAGACGCACUACCAGGACAAGCAUGGCAAGAACAAGCUCCAGGAGCUCCAUUUAGCCAAUGCGGCCCGCGACGAGCUGCUGAGCCAGCUCGGAUUCACCAAUGUGAAGUUCUUGGACAACUCGCCCAACAAGGUCGCCUCCGCGAACCACGACAGCUUGCCUGGGUAUUGGCCCGGCGCAGAUGGGUCGACUCUCACCGUCGACGAGGCGGUUGUGGAUAGAUCGGUCAACGCGAAGCUACUUGCCAACGGGCUCGCAUACCCAGCCUUCUAUGGUACCUUGCCGGCCGCGUUGCGUGAGCAUCUUGCGACCAAGUCGGGAGCGGCCCGGACGGCUCAGAGGGGACUGUGGCCGCGGUCGACCGCCGAUAAGGAGACAGCCGCGGAGGAGGUCAGCCCCACGAACCUGCAAAGCUUCGUCAUAUGGCCGAAGCUGUUCCGCCGAGUUGUGGAAUAUUUCGCCGAUGGAAAUGACGACUUUGACAAUUUCAACGCUUGGCUGCUCCGCGACGCUCGACGUGCUGAUGAAGCCGAACGUGAACGACGCGAUGAGAAGCGACGUGCUGAUGAAGCCGAGAAACGACAAGAAGAGGCUGAACUGUUGACGCGACGGACAACUUUGGACGAAUACAUUGCCGCAACUCAUGACCUCGUAGCCAGCCACUUCGCCGUCGAGACCGACAAGGAGCUCACCUCGAAAGGGCCCAUCACAAACCCGCUCAACAAGCUGUGUCUAAAGAACCUACGCCCAUGGCCCGACUUUCUCGAGCAGCAGCGAACCACUCUAGGGGCCCUUUACGGCACCUUCCCGGUCUCUGAUCGGCGUUUCGAAUAUCGGGGCUUUUUGACGAGCCUCGGCCAGCGAAUUGCCAAGCGACCGAUAUCUUGCGAAAAGACGCUCGAAUAUUUCCUGCACAACAGCGUCGAAGAUCCAGUGCGAGAGAUUUUCGAUCAAUUGCGGGAUGUGGACCAAGUGCGGCACGACGAUGUUGCGGAGGAGGUUGUCGACCGGCAGGCCUCAUCGAUACCGCCACAGACGCCCGAUCAAGGGAAACAUCCGGGACGCAUCCGCCCCAAUCAGUCAUGCGUAUACCAGUUUGACGACGAGCUCUCCACACGGCGUACCAUGCUGUAUGUGUCCAAAUACAAGGCCCCGCACAAGCUGACCGCUCCAUACCUGCGUGUCGGUCUGCAUCCCAUGGAUAUCUUCAAAGACGUGACUGGCGAGAACCCGGCACACUCUUGUACCCAUCUAGCAGAGCCCGCUUUUGAGGUGGCAGCGCAAUCGGGGGAACACCACGCUUGCACCGCAGUUGGCCAGUACCUGGCAUUCAGCCUGAUGGCUCUCGGCCCGCCAGGGAACCCACCCAAUGUUCGAUCGCAGGAUGAGCGGCAGCGUGUAAUCUUGGGGCUGAGGCGAUGGGCGGAGGACUUUGAGACGACAUUGCGAUCUAUUCCCCGAGACGAGCGAUACGCUCCGAGCAGCUCAAGCUCCGGCUCGCUGUAUGCGCCGACGACUUAUGCAGGCAUCAGCCGGUCACCGCGCGUGCCUCGAACAAGACCCAAACGUUGGGCUCAGGAAGAGGACUGUCCAGAUGUGCAGCCAAGAUUUAGGGACCGGGACGACGAGUCUUCGUCGGAUGAGUCCUUGCCUCCGAUGCCGGACACGCCGACACAGUAG